UUCAGUGGCUGCUUGCGACAUGAGUGGCGUUUAAACAACGAGAUGCGGCCGUGAAUUUAAACGAUGGAGUGCCCAAACUGUGGAAACACAGAAUUGUUACCUAAAUUCAAAUGCUGCCCAGAAUGUGGUUCUCGUCUGGUAUACGGCCAAAAUAACCCACCAAGGGAGCCAAAGAUCGUACCAGCUGUUAGUAGCGAGGAACCGAAUGGCGAUGGGACAGCGAUAACGCACGACAACGGUACUAGUGAGGAACAUGUUGAAGGUGAUGGUCCAAAUGAGAAGCAUUCAUGUAAAGAUAGGAAAGAGGAUGGAAAUUUGUCAAGUCAACAAACUCAUCCAGGACAGCUAGACAGUAAGGGUGGUUUUCCCUUGGUUGAUCGGCCAAUCGAGAGGAAUACUGGACCACUAGAAAGCCAGCAUGAUUCAGUGAGUACCCCACCAACGCCCCGAGUAGCAGGGGCUUCAGUUUCCAUGGGAGACAGUAAUCUGCCGCAUCAGUUCACAGGAUAA